GAGAGAGGAGGUUUGGAUGGCGUCGUCAGUCAGUUGCUGCCGGGGCAGAACCCCUUCUACAGUUUCAUCAACAGCGCUCCCGACAUUCGACCCAGGAGGAAGUCCAUCCCCCUCGUGUCCGAGCUGGUGCUCAAGACAAUGGCAGCUACGAAGCGCAAUGCCGGCCUUCCCUCUGCGGUGCCGCGAGCGUCUCUCAACGAUGAAGAAUUGGCUGUGAAGAUGCACGUGUACAAGAAGACCCUACAGGCGCUCAUCUACCCCAUCAGCUCGACGACCCCUCAUAACUUCGCCCCCUGGACUGCGACAUCUCCCACUUAUUGCUAUGAGUGCGAAGGCUUGCUUUGGGGCAUCGCCAGACAAGGCGUGCGAUGUAACGAAUGCGGCGUCAAAUGCCACGAGAAAUGCAAGGAUCUUCUCAACGCUGACUGUCUGCAAAGAGCUGCAGAGAAGAGUUCCAAACACGGGGCUGAGGACAAAACCAACAACAUCAUCGCAGCCAUGAAAGACCGGAUGAAGAAGAGGGAAAGAGAGAGACCGGAAAUUUUCGAGCUCAUAAGAGCCGUGUUCGGAACGGACGAGAAGAACCACGUGUCUAACAUGUCGUCGGUGCACCAGUCGGUGCUUGAUGGCACCAGUAAAUGGUCGGCCAAAAUUGCCAUCACAGUUAUCAGCGCUCAGGGCCUGAUCGCGAAGGACAAAAGCGGCACCUCGGACCCGUACGUCACCGUGCAGGUCGGCAAAGUCAAGAAGCGCACCAAGACCGUGCCUCAGGAACUCAACCCUGUCUGGCAUGAGAAGUUCAACUUCGAGUGCCACAACUCGAGCGACCGCAUCAAGGUGCGCGUGUGGGACGAAGACAACGACAUCAAGUCCAAGCUGCGCCAGAAGCUCACCAGAGAGAGCGAUGACUUCCUCGGCCAGACCAUCAUUGAGGUAAGGACGCUAUCGGGGGAGAUGGACGUGUGGUACAACCUGGAGAAGCGCACAGACAAAUCUGCGGUGUCAGGCGCUAUCAGACUCCACAUCUCCGUGGAGAUCAAAGGAGAGGAGAAGGUGGCUCCAUACCACGUGCAGUACACGUGUCUCCACGAGAAUCUUUUCCAUUAUUUGUGUGAGAGUGAAGGUGGCGUUGUGAAGCUCCCAACCGCUAAAGGUGACGACGCCUGGAAAGUUUAUUUCGACGACCCCGCCCAGGAAAUCGUCGACGAAUUCGCCAUGAGAUAUGGCAUCGAGAGCAUCUAUGAGGCCAUGACCCACUUCCACUGCCUGUCCACGAAGUAUCUGUGUCCCGGAGUGCCGGCGGUCAUGUCUACGUUGCUCGCCAACAUCAACGCCUUCUACGCGCACACCACAGCUUCCUCCGCAGUGUCUGCUUCUGAUCGAUUCGCUGCUUCCAACUUCGGGAAAGAGAAGUUCGUGAAGCUGCUAGACCAGCUGCAUAACUCGCUGCGCAUCGACCUCUCCAUGUACCGCAAUAACUUCCCGGCCAGCAGCGCUGAGAAACUCCAGGAUCUUAAGAGCACUGUUGACCUCCUCACCUCCAUCACCUUCUUCAGGAUGAAGGUACAAGAGCUUGCGUCGCCGCCGCGCGCGAGUGUGGUGGUGAAGGACUGUGCCAUCGCCUGCCUCAAGUCCACGUAUCAGUUCCUCUUCGAGAACUGCUACGAGCUCUUCAGCAGGGAGUUCCAGGUUGACCCGGCCGAGAAGUUAGAGCCCGGCGAGCAAGGCCCGAGGCUGGACAGCGUCGACUUCUGGUACAAGCUCAUCUCCCUCAUCGUCUCGGUCAUUGACGAGGACAAGAACAGCUACGCGCCCGUCCUCAACCAGUUCCCUCAGGAGUUCAACAUCGGCGCCCUCUCGGCGGCGACGAUGUGGGGGAUGUUCGCCAUGGACGUGAAAUACGCGCUGGAGGAACAUGAACAGCACAGAAAGUGCAAGAGCAGCGAGUACAUGAACCUGCACUUCAGGGUGAAGUGGCUGUACGACAACUACGUCAAAGACGUGCCUCCCUACAAAAACCAAGUGCCUGAGUACCCUGCAUGGUUCGAGCCGUUCGUCAUGCAGUGGCUGAACGAAAACGACGAUGUUUCGCUGGAGUAUCUCAACGGGGCCUUCCAAAGAGACAAGAAGGAUGAGUUCCCGCCGAGCUCGGAACACUCGCUGUUCUCGAACUCCGUGGUGGAUGUGUUCACGCAACUCACGCAGUGCUUCAGCGUCGUCUCGAAGCUCGAGUGUCCAGACCCGGAGAUCUGGAAGCGCUUCAUGAAGAGGUUUGCUAAGACUAUCGUCAAAGUGCUGCUGGCUUACGCUGACAUCACCAAGAAGGAGUUCCCGAACUACGUUGCUGAUGAAAAGAAGGCGUGCAUCUUGAUGAACAACAUCCAGCAGCUGCGAGUAGAGCUGCAGAAGAUGUACCAAAUGAUGGGUGGUAAGAGCUUAGAAGACGACGUCGCGACCAUCCUCAAUGACCUCCAGGCUUCCCUUAACAACGUACUCGAGGAACUCGCGCAGAUCUUCGGUAAAAGCUUGGAGACGAAGAUCACGAUCAAGGUGAAGGAGAUGGGAGACCGUCUGGUGGCCAUCAAAGGCACCGGGCAGGUGCAGCCAUCACAAAGAAACGCCAUCAUCAACGAGGCGGACUACGUCGUGGAGCCGCUCAUGGAGCUGCUCGGGGACUCGCUCUCUAUGUACGAUCACUCCUGCGAGAAGACGAUCUUUAAACGCGUCCUCAAGGAGCUCUGGAAGAUUGUCAUCACCACCCUGGAGAAGGCCGUCGUGCUGCCACCCAUGACAGAUAAGGCGAUGAUGCUCAAGAACCUGCUCACUGACAACGCUAAGACCAUCGCCGCCAACGCCAAGAUCGAGGACAUGUCGCGCAUCCUUAAGAGCCAACUCGCCGGCGGCAAGGAUGUUAAAAACGCCAUGUCCAACAUCAUGGACAUUUCAAAAGACUUCGAGCGGAACCUGACCCCGAAGCAGUGUGCUGUGCUGGAGUGUGCCCUAGAAACCAUCAAGCAAUAUUUCCACUGUAACGGCAAGGGUCUGAAGAACACAUUCCUCGACAAGUCUACGGAACUCAAGUCUCUGAACUACGCGCUUUCACUCUACACUCAAACUACCGACACGCUCAUCAAAACCUUCGUCAACACACAGACCUGUCAAGUUCCUGUGAACGAGAGUAAAUUUCCUCGAAGAAAGAAGCCAAAGAAACAAGAGUCAGUGAGCAGCACAGGAGGCCCCAACGAAGACGGAGAAGGUGAAGAGGAAGAUGAGGGCGAUAGGAACGAUGCAACUGAGUUAAUAAGAAGCGACAUGAGAGGAUCAACAGACGAAGGCAGCGUUGGCGAGAUCAGCAUCAACGUUGAUAUCUACACGCACCCCGGCACCGGCGAACAGAAGAUUAAUGUUAAAGUGGUGGCAGCGAACGACCUGAAGUGGCGCACCACGGCGGGCGGGAUGUUCAAGCCGUUCGUAGAGGUUCAUCUCAUCGGUCCUUAUCUGUCGGACAAGAAGCGCCGCUUUACCACCAAGACCAAGUCUAAUGCAUGGUCUCCUAAGUUCAAUGAGAGCUGCCAGUUCCCCAUCGGUGGCGACGAAGGCCCGGAGAGUUACGAGCUACACGUCGCAGUCAAGGAUUACUGCUUCGCUCGUGACGACAGACUCGUGGGUGUAGCGGUGCUGCAGCUCAGGGAUAUCCUAGAGCAGGGUUCCUGCACGCCGUGGCUGUCGCUAGGCAAGCGCUGUCACAUGGACGAGACUGGCUGGACUGUCCUCAGGAUCCUCAGCCAGAGAACCAACGACGAAGUCGCCAAAGAACUCGUCAAGUUGAAAUCAGACGUCAGAAGUGAACCUCCCCUGCAGUAAUAUGAUUUUUUUAUAGUCUCCUGGCAGUUAUCAACGGAAGGGCUGAGCUUCGCGGUGACUCCAUAGCUUGCUGUGUCUUCUCAUCCUCCAUUUGCGUUCCUGUGAUGGCAGAUUAUAAUCAUAAGUUGCCACGUUGUCGUAUGUCCAUUAGACGGUCAAUGGCCAUUUUAAAACAAUUCUCAAGUUUCAAAGUAGAGAAAUUAUUUCUAAACAUCAAUAUAUUAGCAAUCAUCGCCAGCAGACUUAUAGCGAAUCUGGCGUCUAAGCGACGUUCGGUUUGGAAGUUUUGCAUGUGCAUGGGAAAAAACUGCGUUUAUGAAUCCUUACAGUAUUUCAAUGUGUUAUCCCUGAAGAAGACUUGAACAUUUUGACAUGGCCGUAGGGUUUGGGUAAGCUCUUUAGAAAGAAUUCUCCCUGAACGUGCAUGGUUGAGUUACUGUCGGUUGGGCAGAGCCCGAGUCUUUCAUAAGUUCUGUGUUCGACUUCCUUGUAGUUCGCGAACGAGAAGUGCGUGCGUGUGCGAUGGAAGUGGCAGCAUUUUAGAGAAUAUUUUCUGUGAAAAACUGAGAGUCAAGAUACUUCUGUUGUUUGAGAAAAUUUCUGCAUGGACGUGUUUUGUACAGAGUACAUCAAAUUCCAUUUGCGUACAAAUAUAUGAUAUAGACUAUUUUUAUGUGAAGUUUUUGAUUCCUAGAAUUCUCCGUAGCAUUAAUUCGAGGCGCCAAAAUAUUUUUUUCAUUGCGAUCCCUUUACAGUGAACCAAUAUUUUUCCCGAGUACGAAAUCCCCCGGUCCCUCUGGACUCUCUUUGCCGCUUAGUUUUGGUCUUCUUACAUGCGACACAUUUCAGCAUUCGGAUUUCGUUGAAGCAUUUAGCCUUCAGCUCGAUGGUGCAAAGGAUGCAUGGAAACGGGAUUUGCUCGUCGCCAACUUGUGUUAUGUGUUCUUAUUCAUGACACCCGAUCUCAAGCGAUUGUUUUCAUGUCAUGUUUUGUUUUAUUGAUUGCGAAAGCCGAUUGACCAAAGUGUGCCGAUACAUUAUCAAAUUUGUUAAUGCCCCUGUUCGUGAAGAUUACGAUUACACAUUGCGUUCAGACUACAGUUAUUAGUUUUCGACAUAAUAAAAGAUUUAUCACAGUAACAGCAAACCGUGCUCGAUAUUAUGCCUCUUGUCGAGAAUUUUUAAACCAGACGCGAUCUGAAAUUAACUGCCAAUUUACCUUAUCCAAAUUCGCUUCAAUGAUUGUGGCUCGGUAUAUAACCCAUCCAUCUGUGAUUUAAUUGAGAUUUUAUAGUCGUUGUCAUGAUUGAAUUGUACGUCUGAGAAAUAUAUUAUACUGUAGAAGGCUGCAAUUAAUUACAAAUGUCGAUCAGGGUAUUUUGUGACGAAUUUUAUUGGAUUCUUUCUUAAUAUUUUAUUGUAAUUCGUUACUCACUGAAUGUAUCCUAACCGAAACAUGUGAUGCAUCUGCAAUACCAAACUUUCAAGAAAUGUAUAUCUUUAGCCAAAAACCCAUGUGCUUGGCUUGAUAUUGAAACGUUCUACGUGGAAGGCUCGACAGCGCACUGAAUUUAGCAUCUAUUUGUGGAACCGAUUCUCAACUAUCUGUAGGUUUUUCUUAAAUCAUAUCAUUUGAGGUUAGAGGUUGUGAUUGUGCCCAAAUGCAUAGUUAAGCUCUUUCGUUAGAUGUGCGUUCAUCUUUUUUUUCUAUUGACUAAAGAUACGUUUUGUCAGGUUUGUCAUUUUCUACAUGCUGUAGUUAAGUAGUGCAUUUCAUUCUGAAGUGCAGCUGCUAAGUGUAAAUUUAAUCGACAAAACGUCAUAUGAACCAUUGGCUCGUCUAUCUUUGAUAUUUUCGUAUGUUAUAAUUUUUCCGGCUCAUUUACGAGCCAUUGAUGCCCAUCAUUGAUGAUGUAGGUACUUAUUUUCUAAGUUUAUGGUAGCAAGCAACACUUAGUUAACUGGCCGGCGUCUAGAACUCUGUUGCUUGUGAACGUCAUCUGAGCAUUUAAUUUCCGAAUAUUAGUAGACGUAGUUCUUUAUAAAUAUAUACAUAGAUUUAUAAUUUAUUAACAUCCAAUUUAAGCUGGGUUAGGCUGUUGAAGAUAUUCUAUGACUCUAUAAAUACCUAUACAUAUGUGUGUAAAUAAGUUAGCCUGUUGUCGAGGUUACCGUAUGUCUAUUGACUCUUCUGCAUCUCUCUGUACUCAUAUCUUCGUGUAAAUAAUAGGGAAUAAUUCACGUAAUUAAGACCUUUAGUGAUUGUUCUUACCACUGCACAUCCCAAAUGUGUUUUAUGUUAAAUCUUUAUCAUUAUUAUUAAGAUUAUUGUUAUCAUUUGGUGAAAGAAUAUCGCCUGGUGAAGUAGAAUAUCUAUCGUCCAUGCGGAUUUUUCGUACCGGCAACACGUGGUGUGUGUGUGUUUGUGUUUCAGCUGUGUUUUUUUUUGCCUUAAAAAUUUAAAUGCGAUUAAGUACUUUGCUAAUUAUGUGAGCCCUACUGCUUUACGCACCAGGCUAUCGUGUAAAUUCAUUGACCAAAU